AUGUCCUCCACUACCAGCAAAAACCCUUCCACGUCCUCCUUUGCUUCGAUCCAUGAAAGACCUAUCUUCCAGGGCCCUUCUGAUACAUCAUGGGAGCUGCAUGCGGAUGAUUUCACCAAGGAAUUGUCUUGCGGUGUGUGUCUAGAACUGUUCAAAAACCCGGUUAUCCUGUCCUGUGGCCAUAACUUCUGUAAGGAUUGCCUAGAAGACUUAUGGAAGAAAAAGGGCAUAUUCUGUCCGCAAUGCCACGCAAGCGUCCCUGAUCGAAAGUACAUCUCGAACACCGCCCUGGAGAAGAUGGCAGAUAGGAUUAAGACCUACCAUGUGGGGUGCCUGCAACAGAAGUGCAUUGAACACAGCGAGCCGUUGACUCUCUACUGGAAGCCGCAAGAAAAACUCGCCUGCUUCACCUGCCGGGAAACGAUGCUACCCAAAGAGCAAUGCACACAGUUCCUUCUCAUUCCAGAUGCUGUACAGAUCUUUACGGAAAAGCUGCUCAUGAUGAGAAUUCAGCUGAGAUCCAUCUUAGUGAAGUUAGAGGUGUUGAAGAAUGCCCAGGAAGAAAAGAUCAGUAACCACAAAGAGAACAAAUUGCAGCUCCAGUACCAUAUCUCCUUGGAAUUCCUAAAAUUGCACCAAUUUCUUCAUAGUAAGGAAAAGGAGUUAAUCAACCAGUUGAAGGAAGAGAGUGAAAUCCUGCUUCAGGAAAUGGAAGCGAACAUCAAUAGACUCCAAGACCGAACCCAGAGCGCUAAGGAUACUCUGGUUUGCAUUCAGGCUCGGCUGUACCAGCAGAAUUCGGCUAGCUUCUUGAGAGGAAUAAGACUUUUUAUAGAAAGGAUGGAGCAGAGAACUGAAAAUUCAGCUCUUGGAGAACUGGUGACUGGUACUCUCAGCACUGGGGUAUUCAAGAGCCCCGUGCAUUAUGCUGUGUGGAAGGAGAUGAAAUCCAUUCUUUACCCAGACAUUUCUUUCCUGACUCUGGACCCCAAAACAGCGCAUCCAAACCUGAUUCUCUCCGAAGACCUGACCUGCGUUAGCCAUGGCGACACCAAGAAGACGGUCCAAGACACCCCGGAGAGAUUUGAUUGUAGCGUUUCUGUCCUGGGCUCAGAAGGGUUCACCACCGGGAAGCAUUACUGGGAGGUGGAGGUGAAGAACAAGACGAAAUGGACCUUGGGGGUGGUUAAAGAGAGCAUUAACCGCAAAGGGAACUACCCGCUGUCGCCCAAAGAGGGUCACUGGCUCAUCAAGCUGAGGAACAGGAAUGACUUCAAGGCGGUAGAUGUCCAGCCCAAGAACCUGACCCUGGAGAAUAUUCCCACUAGAAUUGGGGUCCUCGUGGAUUACGAAGGUGGCCAGGUGUCCUUUUACGACACCAACCAAAUGGUCCACAUCUACACCUUCAUGGACACCUUCUGCGAGAAACUGUACCCCUAUUUUUGUCCGUGUUUGAAUGACGCUGGAGAAAACAGCCAGCCACUGAAAAUUAUUAAUUAUUAUAUGUAGGAAUGAAGGAAUAAAGGUCCAUCUGCAAAGCAGAUCUCUUGUGGCCUAUGAGUUACUUUAUAGACAGUUUACGGUGCCAACAAAAGGGGACAGAGGGUGAAUUUAGACCCCUAUUAGGACCUUACUCUGUUUUUGAGAUCCAUUUGAAUGCCUGUCUUAGCUGCUAUCCUUAAUCUUUCAGAUUUUAAUACAGUUCUGCCCUGUUUGAAAAAGUGUCACUACAAUUUAGAUCCAUAAUUUAGAUUACCAUUCCUCGUCAAGCAGGAAAGAGCUUCAUUUCAGGGCACUGCCUGCAAUUAAAAUAUGUACAAUCUAUUCUGUCUGUAAUAAAUAUAUAUACCCUACCCUCCAUGCUUUCUGUAAUUGAUAUAGCUACAGUCCGUUCUGUCUGCAAUUAAUAUAUCUACAGUCUGUAAUGGCAAUAUCUAUAGUCCAUUAUUUAAACAACAGCAAAGAUAAAAAAUAAGAAAAUAAUUACACUUAUGUAUAUUCAUUUUGCAAAGCAAAUUUAGAUCCUUAUUAAAACUGUUGACAUGUAUAUUUAUUAUAAAAUAUAUAACAUAGAACAUGGACACUUUGCUUUGUUUUUGCAUUAAAGCCCUUCAAAUUCCAAGGAAACAUUUAGGAAUGAUUUGGAUGUAGUCCAACAACAAAGCGACUUUUCCUCAAGACUCUGAAUUAAGCAAUAGCUUUAUAGUGUGUAACGUUUAGUAAAGAUAUAAACUAAUUUUUUAAAAAAAGAAGCAAGAGGGAUAAAAUGGAAAUCUCUUAAGGAGAAUGGAAUUUGGGAAAAGUCAUGACUUUGAGUAAAGAACUAACACCAAAUAAAGACUGUAGUGUGUCCUUUCGUAUUGUUUAGAUGAAAUCUAAUAAACAAAUUAACUAAA